GUGGGAGAUGCUAGGAGACGUUCGAAAUCGCAGAUAUGUCGAGGCUUCUCGCGUAUACGGGGUGUCCCGCGCCAACGCGCGACUUUCCGUCGACUCCUUCGAUCAGAGCAAAGUCGCGAUUGCGAUCGGCGCUCGUGAGUCGCGUUGAUCCUCGUCAAUUGAUCGCGAUCGCAAUCGGAGCACGGGAUACAAACGUUUCUCGGAAAACUACGGAGUCCCGAUGAAGCUAACAAAUACGACGUAUUAAUUCGCAGUCGCGCGUCACCGGAAUUCCGGGUUCCACGGAAUCUUUCGACAGACACUUCUCGCCUCGAAUUCUCCUGAAGCCCUGACUUGUCUUAUCUUCCUACGAUUGAUCCGACGCUCGAUACGAGAUGUCUGCCAACCGAAAAUCAGGAAAGUUUCAAGAAUGUGUUGAGCUGACUCUGUCUGGGCAUACUAGGGUUUUGGGGAUGGAUUCGACAUUGUUGCUGCUCCUACUGACCGGGUGCAGCGUGAAAUUUGCGCUUGGUCAGCAGGGCCCGGUAUUCGUCCUGGAACCGCCUAGCACUCUGGUCUUUUCAAACACCACGGGUUCGCAAUUGGGCUGCUCCGCGCACGGCAGCCCGACGCCGCACGUCACGUGGAUUACCAGUCCAGAUCAGAGAUCGGUUACGGCAGUGCCGGGACUCAGGCAACUUCUGGGCAACGGGACGUUGUACUUCCCGCCGUUCUUAGCUCAAGACUUUCGAGCCGAGGUGCACAACGCCCGAUACCGAUGUCGCGCGACCAGCUCCGUUGGGACGGUGCUUUCUCGCGAGGUCACCCUUCGCGCUGUAUUGACGGUGCCUGGAUACGAUGUCAGGGUGAACAGACAACCCGUCAUGGAAGGAUGCAACGCGGUGUUGUCCUGCACUGCUCGUGAAGAUGUCAAGGAGCAUCUCACCGUAACCUCGUGGUUCCGCGACGAAGCCAUCCUCCUACCUGGGAACACAGACACCGGCGGAAGAUUCGUGGUUACAUCGCAGGGUGAUCUUCAUAUCAGGGCCGCCAGACCAGAAGACGGCAGAGCGACGUACUCGUGUCUGACCCUGCAUGCUUUAACUAGCGAGCGGAAAAGAAGCGAACCCGCCAGUCUAACAGUCACAGAACCACCCGGUUCCACGCCACCGCGAUUGAUGCAACGGUCGGAGAUCGCUAUUUCGGCCGAGAGCGGCUCCGACGUUCACCUCACGUGCUCGGCGCAAGGAAGCCCACCGCCGCAAUUUACCUGGUAUCGCGAUGUUAAUGGCCACUCGAUACCGGUCGAAUCGUUCGGCCGUAUCCAGCUCUGGGGUGAUUUAAUGCUAAUUCGUCGCGUAGACGCGCAGGACGCUGGAAGAUACGUUUGCCGGGCCAGCAAUCAACUCGGCGAGCAACGAGCGGAGACGCACUUGUCCGUCACUUCAAAGCUAAACGCUCGGAUUCAGCCGCGUGUGCAGGUCAUUAAUUCCGGCGAGACCGCUACGAUGAACUGCACGGUCGAGGGAUAUCCGGUCGAGAGCGUUGAGUGGCUGCACGACGGUAUACCAGUAUUGACCGCACAGGACACGAGGAUCAGAUUGUUGGCUCCCUUGGUGCUCGUGAUAGGCUCUGUCGGUCGCAGGGACAAGGGGAUGUAUCAGUGUUUGGUGAGGAGCGACAAGGAAAACGCGCAGGCCACCGCUGAACUCAAGCUUGGAGACACGGUUCCGGAGCUGCAAUACACAUUUAUCGAGCAAGCCCUGCGACCGGGCCCGCCAGUCUCUCUGCGGUGUUCAGCUACCGGCUCACCGACUCCAUCCUUCACGUGGUUGCUCGACGGCGAACCACUGAGCCAAAUUGCGACUGGGCACAGAUACGCGAUAGGCCAAUACGUGGAUCAAUCCGGUGACGUGAUCAGUCACUUAAACAUUUCAUCGGCGGGGACCGAGGACGGUGGGCUGUACGCUUGCGUUGCGUCCAACACUUUGGCGACCGUCGAACACAAAGCUAGAUUGAACAUUUAUGGACCGCCGUACAUCCGAUCGAUCGGCCCGGUUCGCGCCAUCGCCGGUGUCGACAUCACAAUAGCGUGUCCCUACUCAGGAUAUCCGAUCACAUCGGUCGAGUGGACUCGGGGUGGUGCCGAGUUGCCCUUUGACAUCAGGCACCGAGUCGACAGCGAGGGCCACCUUACGAUCGUCACGGUAGAUCCGAAUGACGCCGGCACCUAUACCUGUAUAGUCCGAGCUAGUUCCGGAGAGACCACCAAUAGAGAUAUACUUCUGACCGUCAACAGUCCACCGGUAAUGAGUCCCUUCAGUUUCCCCGCGAAUUCGCAAGAAGGCAGUCGCGCUCAAGUGACGUGCAGCGUAACGUCGGGCGAUCUGCCGAUCCAUAUCUCCUGGUUGAAGGAUGGCGAACCACUGCCUUCUUCCCUUCGCAUUGAAGAACGAGGCGCCGAGUUCUUCAGCCUGCUUGUCUUCAAGGAACUAUCAUCGCGGCAUAGCGGCAAAUACACCUGCGUGGCCACGAACAGUGCCGCCAAGGUCAACCACACAGCGGAGCUCUUGGUAAAAGUACCCCCUCAGUGGAUAUUUGAGCCACAGGACGUGGCUACUCUCCUGGGCAAUCCGCUGAACGUUCAUUGCGAGGCCAAAGGUUUUCCGCCGCCGCGUAUCACAUGGCUACGUGCCAGAGGCAGAACGUCCAACGAUUAUCAGCCGCUGGUCGAUGGUUCCGAUGGUAGACUCACGAUAUUGCCUAAUGGGUCUUUGUGGACGGCUUCCGCCGGCCCGCAGGAUGAGGGUUACUAUCUGUGUCGGGCUAACAAUGGAAUCGGAUCAGGGCUAAGCAAAGUGAUAUACGUGUCUGUGCACGAGCCGGCGAGAUUCGAGUUCCAGAGUAAGAACGUGACGAUUCGCCGCGGGGAGUCCGUAACCAUCGACUGCACCGUGAUCGGUGAUAAUCCUAUAGAGGUGCAAUGGAUGCACAACAGCGAUCGGCUGGACAUGAGCAACCAUAGAUUAAGCAUCGGUGAGAUAAAGACUGACAACGGCCUGAAGUCGCAACUGUCCGUCGCGAACAGCGAUCGGCAAGACUCCGGAGUCUACAGGUGCACCGCGAGCAACGCUUACGGAAGAAGCGAGCACUUGAUUUACUUAGCGGUGCAAGAGAGGCCGGAUCCCCCAGCCGGAUUAGAGGUAAUAGAGAUCGGUUCUCGAUCGAUACGCUUGCUGUGGAAGCGAUCUUUCGACGGCAACAGUCCCAUAAGAAAUUACGUGAUACAAUAUCGCUCGUUGAGCCACGGUAUGACCGAUGAUUGGAAUCCCGUUAAAACGCACAACGUCACGUACACGCCGGGAAGCUUCAAUAGCGGUAAUUCUAUACAUCCGACCCAAAAUGGGUUAUCGCCGUUCGAGAGCACGAGCGAUGACCAAGAGGUGGCUCUAGUCGGCAGCCUUCAUCCGGCUGUCACCUACACCUUCAGGAUAUUCGCUAUAAACUCUAUCGACGCGAGCGGACCCACAGAGCCCGUGGUGGCGAAGACGCAAGAGGAAGCGCCCACAGAGCCGCCGCAAAACAUCAAAGUGCAAUCCGCCGGACCCGGAGAACUCAUGGUUAGCUGGCAGCCACCGCCAAAAGAAUCCUGCAACGGAGAUCUGCUAGGAUAUAUAGUGACAUGGUCGGAGCAUUCAUCGUCAACUUCGGGCGUAAAUCAGAGUAAGAGCUUGACUGUGAACGGCUGGGCGACGACAAAGGUGCAGCUGACUGGCCUAAGGAAAUUCACCAAGUACGACAUUUCGAUUCGAGCCUUCAACAGCAUAGCUAGUGGGCCAACGAGCUCUCCCAUCGUUGGUACUACUCAAGAAGGAGUACCGGAAACGCCGCCGACUCAAGUUACGUGCGCUCCAUUAUCUUCGCAAAGUGUCAAAGUGUCUUGGACUGCACCGCCUCUUCACCAGCACGGUGGAAUUAUCAUAGGAUACAAAGUCUAUUACAGACCCGUGCCUACCGAUAACAUGGACAUAUCGACGAUCGGUGAAGUGAAGAAGACCUCCAGCAUGGAAACUUACUUGCACACGUUGUACAAGUACACGAAUUACUCCAUCAAGGUGUUGGCCUACACGAAAGCGGGCGAUGGAGCGUUGAGCCCACCGAUCUUCUGCAUGACAGAGGAAGAUGUUCCUGGUCCACCUGCCGGCAUCAAAGCACUCGCGUUAACGGCGGAGAGUAUAUUGGUCUCGUGGCUGCCACCGUUGCAGCCUAAUGGAAACGUCUCAAAAUAUACGGUGUACAGCAGAGAAGCCGGCUCGAAAAAGCACAACGCGCACACAAUGCACGAACCGCCGUUGUCACCCACGGAUACUCUCACGAUGGAAUUACGAGAUCUGGUGGAAAGACAAUUAUACGAAUUCUGGGUGUCGGCGACGACCAGUGUCGGGGAAGGAGAACAAACCAUUAUAGUUACGCAGACAACGAAUACCAGAGCUCCCGCCAGAGUGGCAUCGUUUUCGCAAGUAUUGAGAAGGGCUGUGAAGUCGUCAGUCAUGUUGUCGUGCUUGGUAGUGGGAAAUCCUACGCCACGACCUAUCUGGACGUACAGAAACGGUCAAAUCUCUACCGGCAGGCAUUACGAAAUCACACACGACGGACACCUCAAUAUACGCGGAUUGGAACAGUCGGUCACAGGGAAUUAUACUUGUUCGGCCAGCAACCUGUUUGGCGACGAUUCCAUCACAUAUUCGUUAGUCGUUGUAAUGCCGCCCAAAGCACCGUCGUUGGAGCUACAAUAUACGACGACCAACAGUAUCAGAUUCCGAUGGAAUCAUCCUGACAACGGCGGUGCUACUAUACAAGGAUACGUGUUGAGUUAUAAGAGGGAUCAAGGUGGUUGGGAAGAAAUCACAUUGUCCCCCGAGCAGAUGGAGUUCGUGCUCUCCGGAUUAAAGUGUGGCUCGUCCUACUUAGCGCACUUGACGGCGCAUAAUCGCGUCGACACGGGCGAUCCGAGUCCACUGAUUAGCGCAACAACGAAAGGCACCGCGCCUCUACUGCCUAAGGAAAGAGACAUCAUCUCGGCGAAUGGUACAUCAGUGAAAUUGAAUCUAUUAUCUUGGCCUAACGGAGGGUGUCCCAUUCAAUAUUACACCGUGGAAUAUCGCCGACGAAUUAGUACGGAGCCGUGGAUUUUGGUAGCCAGCAGAGCGACCGAGAAUCUCAUUAUCCGUGAUUUGAAAACGGCGUCGUGGUACAGUCUACGUUUGACUGCACACAAUGAUGCGGGCUCGACUCAGACACAGAUGGAAUUUGCUACGACCACGUUGAGCGGAGUCAGUAUCGGUCCGCCUAACGACUUGAUAAUGGAGGACGACGUCAAGAAGACUGUGCCUAAUCACAAAGUUUUAUAUGUCGUCGUGCCGCUCAUCUGCGGGAUUGUAUUAGCCGUCUCCGCGGUUAUCCUAGGAUACGUCAUGCUCAAGCGUAGCGGCAGAGCGAGUUAUUUAGGCGAGAUGCUGCCAGGACAACAACAACAACAACAGACGGGAUUGGGAAUGGUUCCGCAACAACAACAUCAACAGCAGCAUCAUCACCUGUCAAGCUGCAUGUCAACCGUGCAACUCAAAUCGACCGCUGAACGUGACAACAGACGCAAUCACCAGGUCUACACCAGUUCCCCCGUGAAGCAGGAGAACCACAAAGCCACCGAUCAUGGAUCGGAGAUGUACGAGAUUAGUCCGUACGCCACAUUCAGCGUUCCCGGAAGAGAAAACCGCUCGGUGACAACGGCGACGCUCGAUUACACGAUGCAGUUCAAGACGUUCGGCCACUUGGAGAACGAGGAUAUCAAUACUAUUGACUACGAGAGAUCUAGCGUGGAGUUCGAGAGGUCGAAAACACCAAGGUGGCACAAGCAACGCUACUUUCCGAGCAUUGCGGAAGCCGAGAGCAAGCUGCGAUCGAGUCGACAGGGCUCCGGGAGCGACACGUCCGGGAGUCCCUGCGGCGAAUGCGCCGGGCCUAGUUAUAGAGUGCCAGUAAAGCCUUGUAGAGAUGUAUUUUCGCGAGGUGUGGAAUCGAGUACGGAGUCCAACAACGAAGGCUCGCCCUCACUCGCGAGACGACGAAGCCGACAGCCGAGCCGGUCUACUCGCAGUUCGGUGGAGGACAUGACGCUAUUGCCGCCAAGCGGGUUCAGCGACAGCCGUGAAUUGAGCGACGUGGAGUGCGACCGUGAUCGUGAUCGCGAACGCGAUCGUGAGUGGCAGAGUUUGUCGGCCGGGACCCGUCACGGCGGCAGCCUGGGUAGACUCCCGAUCGAGGCCGUCGAAUCUAUGCUCGCUAGAUAUCAGCAAAGGAAGGAGCAAGAAAGACAAGAGUUCACUAUACAUGUAUGAUCGAGAUUCGCUGGUUCGACUUGGUAUCUUCGCCGGACGAUAUAACGUUGUUUAGAAAGAGACGAGGAAUCACCUCUCCUCGAGAGAUCAUUCGUCGUUGGCGGGCAUUUUACGGAAUCUUAAUGAAGAUGGUAGUUUAAUGUAUCGUAAGGACAAUUCACAACCGAUCGACGACGGAGAGUGACAGAAGACUCACAGUUCUAUUUGUUGAAGAGAUGUGUUAACUACCGACCUGCGUUGCGCAAAAUACUGCCGUUAUUAUACAUAACAAAAACAUGGCCUUCGUACGUAACCCUGUAUGCACUACUGUAAACGGCGCCGAACGGCGAGAGAAAGAAGAAUGGCAAACCUCUCGUUUGCGGCACAACCCCCAUACAUACAUACAUACAUACAUACAUACAUACAUACAUACAUACAUAUAUACAUAAAUACAUAUAUGCAUACAUACAUAUAUAUAUACAUCAUACAUACAUACAUACAAACAGACAUACAUAUAUACAUACAUACACGCACAUGAGAUUAAUCGAGAAACAACGGAAAACACUCGACGACUAACUGUGCGUUUUUGAUAGCAUUUAUUCUUUCUAUCGCCAAAUUACGAUUGUAUUGUAUUAUUAUACGCAACGUGAUUGCGAUAAAGAAAGUCUGAUUGACCGAUCCAUUACUUUCGCGACGACCAAUUACUGAUAUACAGGGUGAACGCCAACUACCGCAACGAGUAUCUCUGCUUUACUUACUGCGAUUUACUUAUUAACGAGCCAUUCAGUGUGCGAAUCUAGGGAUGACCAAUUAUCAGGAACGAGUAUUACAUUUUAAAAGAUUUUAAAGACGCUGCAGCGUGCGCGGCGCGUUACGUGUUACUCACCAUAAAAUAGGUCAAUUAAAUGAAAGAAAGCAACAGAGGCAUAUAUAUUCGAUGAAAUUCCAGUUUCAAUUUCGAAUAUCGAAUAUUGAUUUUCAAAUUUCCUCAUAUUUCUUUCGAUAAUGUUUGAAAUACAUACAUACACAUAUAUAUGUGUGUAUAUAUGUAUAUAUGCGUAUGCUCAUCGCGUGAAAAAGUGCAAUACAAUUCGACAGUACUAAUUUUGAAAAUCGACUUUUGAUGACUGAUUAAUUUUUUUCUAAUAGUGCCAAUUCUAACAAAACUGUAUAGUGUUAAGGACAUCAUGAGAAAGAUUUGGAAUAAGAAGGAUGUACGUUUGCUCCUUCAUGCCCAAAAAGAAAAAGAGCCGAACGCUCUAAAGCGUUAUUAUUAAAUUAGUAUCUACGAGCCGAUCACACAUUCGAACGAGCGACUAGCGCCUUAAUUGUGUAAAUAAAUUUAAAACGGCUCCUCAAGGAUUUAUCGACGUGAUCGAAUAAAAUACGCUAUUGAUUAUGGGAUAUCACUCACGUGUGCGCAGAGACAGAAUCGUAGUAUCUCCGCAGACAGGAUCGAGAAUCGUAGAGCAAUUGUAGAAUGAUCGACGAAGCUGUAGAGAGCUCCAUUCCCCGUCGGAAAUCCCCGGCGCCUCGUUUUCCUUUCGAAGAUCUCUUCCGCGACAUGAGACUGACGUUAACCGAGUACGCUUACGUUGAUGUCUGCCAAAGAAAGUAAAUAAUUAGUCGCGUUUCGCCGAGGCGACAUUUCCAAUUGUGCUGAAGAGAAAGCAUGCAAUAAGCGCGCACGACAAUUUUAGUCUUGUUUUAUCUCUCGUUUUCUUUCCCUUUUAAAUAAAGAGAGACAAGACUCGAAUGACUCGCUUAGUAUUAUCUCAUGACUGUUUUUAUUAAGACGUUAUUAAUGCGGAUAAGUCUCAUAAGUAAUUUAUGGAAAUUCACGGCGUGCGUCUUCUAUUACCUUACAGCGUUAUCGCAUAGAUGCAAUAUGUACAUAAACGAAAUAAUCUUCGAGAUGAGCGUGUACGAAUGCACGUUUAUUUCGGAGAACGGAAAUAUGCGCGAGAAAAUAUAGCGAGAUUAUUGCGAUCGGAAUCGUAACAUCAUACCACAAGAAAAUGGAUGAAUCGAAAGGAAUCGACAAAAAAAAUGUUCUAUAAAAUUGGAUUUCCCGUCUUGAAACUCAGGAAAAAUUUAAAAAUGGAGGAUGAACGAUCGUUGACUCCUCGUAAUUCAUCUAUUUUCAGCAGGAUAAGAUCGUUUGAAUAAUUUAGAGCAAAUACGAUACGAAAUUAUAUUGAAAGAGAGGAGGGAGAGUACCGUGCGUGUGUUUCAAUUUGCCGCGUCGUAAAAGUAACACUGUUCAUUCAACGGUCGGAAUAAAUGCAAAAUAUAUAUUGCCAUUUCGAGGAGUAAAAAUGUGUGUAAAUGUCGUAAUUCAACAUGCGAAUGAAACCGUCAAACGAAGACUGUCUGAAUAAUUAGAGAAAAUGUGAAAUGAGAGAUGAAAAUUAUACGCAAAAAGAACCGGUAAAAACCGCAUUUUGGACAUUUCGAUAAUUCUGGAAUUUGUAUAUGCCGAAGGAACGGUCUCCACUGAGACAUAUGUAUACAUCUACUGACAAAAAAAGAAAUAAAAAGAAGAAAUACGGUACGGUA